AAAGAGCCAUGUUUUCGAGAACAGCCGGCAAACUUCAGCCGUCAAGGAUUUUCCGCUGUCUGAUCACUAAGUCAACUCUAGGUAUCCCGCCCGCGAGAACGAUGGCUGAUGUGACGAUCAUUGGAGCUUUGGACGAUAAUUACAUGUAUCUCAUAACUUGUCCCGAAACCAAAGAAGCUGCGAUUGUUGAUCCCGUCAAUCCGGAAAAGGUACUCGAAACGGUCGAGAAACAGGGUGUGAACCUCACGACAGUUUUGACAACUCAUCACCAUUGGGAUCACGCGGGGGGGAACGAGAAACUGCUUCAUCUGAAACCGGGCCUGAAAGUGUACGGAGGUGAUCACCGAAUCAAGCAGCUCACCGAUCUCGUCAAUCGAGAUGAGGUUGAGAUAAAAAUAGGUGCCUUGACCGCGAGCACGAGAUUCACCCCCUGCCACACGACAGGGCACGUGUGCUUCUACAUUCCCGGAAAGGAGGACAAGCCGCCCGUGGUUUUCACAGGGGACACACUCUUCCUGGCUGGAUGCGGGAAGUUUUUCGAAGGAACAGCUGCGCAUAUGCAAGAGGCUAUGGAUAAGCUCGGUCAGCUGCCGGAUGACACUCUUGUCUACUGCGGGCAUGAGUACACAGUCAACAACUUGAAGUUCGCUCAGCAAGUGGAAUCAGACAAUCAAAACACGCAGCGAAAACUCGAGUGGGCCAUUGCACGCCGUUCCGCGCAUCAGCCGACGAUUCCAUCGACGAUUGCCGAAGAGAAGACCUACAAUCCUUUUAUGCGCACGAGAAUUCCCGCUGUCCAGAAGCAUGCCUCUCAAACCGACGCCGUCUCAACAAUGGAUUCCCUACGAUGUGAAAAGGACAAUUUCAGAACAUCUUGAAAGCGACAGCGGUAAACGGAUCGAUUCGUAGUUCCGGCGAGGAAAAUCUAUGAGCUCGACCGGAAGAAGCUUGCAGUAGUUCGAGAGGACCAUGAUGUAGCUCGCACUCACUUAUUCGAUUGGGCAUUCCAGACCAGACAGCAAUGGCGUCUUAGUCGGAGAGAAAACAGGUAUUUUUUCGGACCGGCUUCGCUUUGAAUAAGAUGAGAUGCUCGUGACAUCUGAGAGGACGGAUCGGAGAGGGGAGGGUUUUUCUAAGCGUCUCCCGAGCAAUAAAAUCCCGCUCGGGAAGA